AAGAGGAGGGUAAUGCGUUACGUGUUUGGGAAUGUCGUGAAGAUCAUCGCCGGGCGGGCGGUGCUUUUUUUUUUUCCGCUCACUUCUCCGUCGCUCUACCGUGUUGAUUAACGGUGCCAAGUAACGGGACGACUCCUACGCGGCGUGUUUACCGCAAAGCGACGGUCGUCUGAAGAUGUUAGCGAAGAAAUGAGCAACAAUGACCGCCUUCCUGGCUCGGCCGGGCGACUUCGGCGUCCCCUCCUCAGCUCGUUUUGGUUAGCAUGUUUUUUUGUUUUUUUUCCUCGCCUGUCAAAUUAGCUUGUGGCAUGCUAAACGCGAAUAAAUAGCACCGCUUUCCCCAUUUAUUUUAUCAUAGUCUUCCUUUUAAGUCUUUGCUAUGACUAAAAGAAGAAGUUAAGUGGCGGCGAAGGGUUUCCUGCGAGAUAUCCCCGUCCCCAACACACCCGUGGUGAUGCCCGGUGUGUGGAGCAGCAGAGCCGGGCGGAGAAGCUAGCUGGCUGCUAGCGGAACAGCCAGCGGGGGUUUGGGUAUUUGGAUGAUCGUGACGCCGAGGACGAGCUGAUCGGCUCGGCGAAAAGCAGCCAGCAUGGUCGAGCCCAGCCUGGACGACUCCAACGUCAAGGUGGCGGUCCGCGUUCGGCCCAUGAACAGGAGAGAAAAGGAAUUAAACACCAAGUGCGUGGUGGAGAUGGUGAAGAACCAGACCGUCCUCCAUCCCGCCAUGACCAACCUGAGCAAGGGCGACACCAGGACUCAGUCCAAGGUUUUUGCCUACGACUACUGCUUCUGGUCCAUGGACGAAUCGGACAAGGAGAAAUUUGCCGGUCAGGAGGUGGUCUUUCAGUGCCUUGGAGAAAGUCUUCUCCAUAACGCCUUCCUUGGCUACAAUGCCUGCAUCUUUGCCUACGGACAAACCGGUUCCGGAAAGUCCUACACCAUGAUGGGUUCGGUGGACCAGCCGGGGCUCAUCCCCCGCCUCUGCAGCGCUUUGUUUGAGCGCACGCAGAAGGAGCAGCGUGAGCAGGAGAAGUUUACAGUGGAGGUCUCCUACAUGGAGAUCUACAAUGAAAAGGUUCGAGAUCUGCUGGACCCCAAAGGGGGCAGACAAACGCUGAGAGUAAGAGAACAUAAAGUGCUGGGUCCAUAUGUGGACGGUCUCUCUCGGCUAGCUGUUGCAAGCUACAAGGACAUCGAGGUACUGAUGUCAGAGGGGAACAAGUCUCGCACCGUCGCCGCCACCAACAUGAACGAGGAGAGCAGUCGAUCGCACGCCGUCUUCAACAUCAUCCUCACGCACACCCUGACGGACGUGCAGUCUGGGACAAGUGGUGAAAAAGUGAGUCGCCUGAGUCUGGUGGACUUAGCCGGAAGUGAGCGAGCCGCCAAAACCGGAGCGGCUGGAGAGCGUCUCAAGGAAGGAAGCAACAUCAACAAAUCGCUGACUACACUGGGCUUGGUGAUCUCCGCUCUGGCCGAGCAAGGAACUACCAAAAACAAGACCAAGUUUGUUCCUUACCGAGACUCGGUUCUGACAUGGCUGCUGAAGGACUGUCUCGGCGGUAACAGCCGCACGGCCAUGGUGGCGACGGUGAGCCCGGCGGCCGACAAUUACGAAGAGACGCUAUCCACGCUGCGCUACGCCGACCGGGCCAAGAGCAUUGUUAACCACGCCGUGGUCAACGAGGACCCCAACGCUCGCAUUAUUCGGGAGCUACGUGAGGAGGUGGAGAAGCUGCGAGUGCAGCUCACUCAAGCCGAGUCUUUGAAAGCCCCAGAGCUCAAGGAUCGCCUGGAAGAGUCUGAGAAGUUGAUUCAUGAGAUGACCGUCACGUGGGAGGAUAAGCUUCGCAAAACAGAGGAGGUGGCUCAGGCACGUCAGAAGCAGCUGGAGAGUCUGGGCAUUUCCCUCCAGUCGUCGGGCAUCAAAGUGGGCGACGAUAAAAGCUUCCUGGUCAACCUGAAUGCCGACCCAGCACUCAACGAACUGCUGGUGUACUAUUUAAAGGAGGACCACACCCAGGUGGGCUCGGCGGACUCCCAGGACAUCCAGCUGUGCGGCAUGGGCAUCCAGGCCGAGCACUGCGUUAUCGACAUCAACGCCGACGCUGCCGUCAUCCUCACCCCGUACCCCAACGCUCGGACGUGUGUAAAUGGGUCUCCGGCUACCUGUGCACUACAGCUUCACCAUGGCGACCGAAUCCUCUGGGGAAACAAUCACUUCUUCAGGAUCAACCUUCCCAAGCGGCGCGGUCGAACCGCAGAGGAUGAGGAGGGCGUGAUGAAGAAGAGCGGCAGCAGCGAGCAGCUUGAUGCGGACGGCGACUCGGCCAGCGAAGUGUCCAGCGAGGUCAGCUUCUCCUACGAGUUUGCUCAGACUGAAGUCAUGAUGAAGGCUCUGGGCAGCAAUGACCCUAUGCAGAGCGUCCUGCAGUCGCUGGAGAGGCAACACGAAGAGGAGAAACGCUCAGCCUUGGAGCGCCAGAGGCAGAUGUACGAGCAGGAGCUACAGCAGCUUCGUCGCAAGCUUAACCCGGACCGGCUGUCCGCGGGCCCCCCGGGACCGCCGCCGUUUGGCCAGCCCGGCACUGGCCAGCAGUCUCACUACCGUAGCAUGGAGAGGCUGAGCAUGGGAGGCAUGAGCCACUCCAGCAGCGCUCAGAGCCGAUUGAGACAAUGGAAUGAAGAGAGGGAAGCUGUGUUGGUGAGGAGCUUGAGGCGGCUGCGAGAGCAAAUAGUGAGAGCCAACCUCUUGGUACAAGAGGCCUGCUUCAUCUCAGAUGAGCUGGAACGCCACACCGAGUACCGAGUCACUCUGCAGAUCCCCUCAGAAAACCUCAACGCCAACCGAAAGAGGGAUGCUGUGCUCAGCGAACCCGCCAUUCAGGUGCGACGUCGCUGCCGCGGCAAACAAAUCUGGAGCUUAGAAAAGACCGAGAACCGCCUGGUGGACAUGAGGGAGCUCUACCAAGAGUGGCAGGACUACCACCUGCACGACAGCGACAACCCGGGGAUGCGCUCAUACUUCCGCCGGGCCGACCCUUUCUUUGAUGAGCAAGAGAACCACAGCCUGAUCGGCGUGGCCAACGUCUUUUUGUCCUGCCUUUUCUAUGACGUCAAGCUGCAGUACGCUGUGCCCAUCAUCAACCAAAAAGGAGAGGUGGCUGGGCGUCUCCAUGUGGAGGUGGUGAGGGUUGGAGGGGCUCUGGAGGACAACAUCGCAGGAGGAGACGAUCCUGACAACAACCCAGACUCAGAAAUUCAGGAUCGCAAACUUGUCUGCAUGAUUAAAAUCCUACAGGCCACCGGUCUCCCCCAGUACCUGUCCAACUUUGUCUUCUGCCAAUACAAUUUCUGGGACCAACCCGAGCCCAUCAUCGUGGCCCCUGAGGUGGACCCCCACUCGUCGCCCAGCACCAAAGACCCACACUGCAUGGUGGUGUUCGACAGCUGCAAGGAGCUGGCCGUGUCCGUGUCGGAGGAUUUCAUUGAGUACCUGACCGAAGGGGCCGUGGCCAUUGAGGUGUUUGGACACAGGCAGGCUGACACGGGCAGGAACCCGGCCCUCUGGGACCUCAGCAUCAUCCAGGCCAAGACGCGCACGCUACGAGACAGGUGGAGUGAGGUAAUGCGCCGGCUGGAACUCUGGAUCCAAAUCCUGGAAAUUAAUGAGAACGGAGACUUUGUCCCCGUUGAAGUCAUUCCCGCCCGAGACGUCAACACCGGCGGAAUCUUUCAGCUACGACAAGGUCAGGCGAGGAGAAUCCAAGUAGACGUGCGCUCCGUUCAGGACUCGGGCACCAUGCCGCUCAUAUCGGAGAUCGUGCUGGCUGUGUCGGUGGGCUGCGUGGAGAUCACCAGCACCAUCGGCCCAGAGGGAGACGAGAUGGACAGUUAUCAGGAGAGAGACCUAGAACGUUUGCGACGUCAGUGGUUGGCGGCGCUCACCAAGAGGCAGGAGUACUUGGACCAGCACUUGCAGAGCCUGGUCAGCAAAGCAGAAAAAAACGAGGACGACGUCGAGAGGGAGGCUCAGCUGCUGGAAUGGCGCUUGACACUGACGGAAGAGAGGAACGCUGUCAUGGUGCCCUCUGCUGGCAGCGGUAUUCCUGGAGCACCUGCGGAAUGGGUUCCACUUCCAGGCAUGGAGACGCACAUUCCAGUCCUCUUCCUCAACCUCAAACCUGACGACCUGAGCUCCCAGGACCAAUUCGAGGUUCCCGACGCAGGAGGCUGGGACGCCACGCUGAGCGGCGAAGACGAGGAUGACUUCUUCGACCUGCAGAUUGUCAAACACUACGACGGCGAGGUGAAGGCGGAGGCGUCGUGGGACUCCACCGUCCACGAGUGCCCGCAGCUGAGCCGCGGGGGAGCUUGGCCCGACAGCCGGGUGUACCUCACCGUGCGCGCGGUGGUGCAGCUCAGCCACCCGGCCGACAUGCAGCUGGUUCUCAGGAAGAGGAUCUGCGUCAACGUUAAUCCCGGACGUCAGGGCUUUGCCCACAACUUCCUCAAGAGGAUGUCCACGCGCAGCACCAUCCCUGGAUGCGGCGUCACCUUUGAGGUGGUCUCCAACAUCCCUGGGGACGCUCCUGGAUCAGAAGACAGGGAGAUGCUGGCCCGCCUCGCGGCCAGCGCUCACAGCAGCGAGUCGGCCGACGACGAAGCCGCCAUUGAGAAGUACCUACGCAGCGUCCUCAGUCUAGAGAACAUCCUCACCCUGGACCGACUCAGACAGGAGGUGACAGUGAAGGAGCAGCUCGCUGCAAGAGGACGAAGCAACCGGCGGAGUCUCAGUUCUCCGUCUGUCAACAGGCUGUCUGGAAGUCGACAAGACUUGUCCACCACCUGCCUGAUGGAGGACAAGGGUCGCUGGGAGAGUCAGCAGGACAUCUUCAUGCCGUCGGCGUACCAUCGCACGCUCCCCCGUCCGGCUUCGUCACCCUCCACCUAUUACCCCGUGGCGCCGCAGCAACCGUCGCCGCCCUCCUCAAAUGCCGUCACCUCCCCACACAACCAGGAGCCAGAGCAAGGUCGUUCAGGACUUGCUGCCUCUUAUCUUUCAGUGAAGGCGUUGGUUCCGCAGAUGCCCAAACUACUCAAGUCUUUGUUUCCGGCACGCGAUGACAAGAAGGAGCUGAGGCCGUCGCCGCACGGCCAGCAGCAGCACAUGCCUCGCAUCAUGUCGCCACCAGGGGUGGAUGACAGCAGAGUCAAGGUGGACAUGGCCGCCCCCGUCCCACGAGCGGCGCCGGCCAAAGAGCGGCGCUCUGACCCAGCCGACGCCCCUCCUCUUACUGUGCAUGACCCGCAUGACGGCACCCCCCUCAGCCCGCUCAGCCAAUCGUCCAGCGGCUACUUCUCGGCCAGCGUCUCCACGGCGACCCUGUCGGACGUCCUGCAACCCCCCUCCUCGUCCUCGUCGUCCUCCUCCCUCCUCCUCGAGGCCGCGCUCGCCGCCAAUCACGACGGCGUGACCGCACGCCCCUUCCUUUCUGAACAGAAGCCGCGCGACGACUCGGCUCUGCCCGACUGGCUGACGGACGGCACCCAUGUGACCGUCGGGAGCGGCAAGGCGGGCACCGUGCGCUACGUGGGGGCCACGCACUUUGCCGACGGCGUGUGGGUGGGUGUGGAGCUGGACUCCCCCGCAGGUAAACACGACGGCUGCGUGGGCGGCCACCGCUACUUCCGAUGUCGGCCCGCGCACGGCAUUCUGGUUCGGCCGGAGCGCCUGAGCUGUCGGGACAGCCGGCAAGGCGCCUCGGAGCUCCCCGCCGCUCCCAACACUGCCCGGGUUCCCGUCCUCCGAGGGGACAACCGCAAAUCCUGGAGCAGCUGAGAGCAGCGACCCGGAGACGCCGCCGUGUCGGAGCUCCUUGGACGGAGGAAAGCCGAAAUCUCCUCGUGUCAUCGCCAGGAGACGAUAAGAGCUUUCUUUUUAGCUUUUUCGCCAGUUUGGCAUCUCUAGCCACAAUUCC